AAACAGAUCAUGCUUCUUCUGGUACUGGCCAUUAACUGUGUGUCCAGCCAGAAAUGUAAAGUUGGAUGGGAACUCUUCGGCGAGUCGUGUUAUUCUUUCUGUCAAGAAACGGUCACCUGGAUUGACGCCGUGCAAUACUGCCAGUUGGAUGACGCACAUCUGGUACACAUUAAUGAUCCAAAGGAGUACGACUUCCUUGUCAAUUCAAUGAAAAGCAGGAGCAUCACAGUUGCAUGGACUGGCGGAUCCGAGAGACUUCACCGAGGUUCCUGGGAAUGGCUUCCGAGAGGAGGACUUUUCGGAAAAUAUGAAAAAUGGUUCGGAACUGAGCCAGCUGGACCAGAUGAAGACUGUUUGGCCAUAGACCAGGGACACAGCUACCAGUGGAUGGACAUGUCUUGUACAUUGUCUUACAAGUACAUCUGUGAGAUGAAAGUUCCUGUGGCAACAGAGAAUAUAACCAAGGGGUGA